AUGAAAACAGAAUCGAAUGCGGCUUCUUUUGGUGAUGUACAACAAUCAGAAUACUUUAAAUAAUUUUUAGUUGGAUAGAAUUUAGUUGAUUCAUCCACAUCAUUUGCCAGACUCAAUAGCAAAACGGUGACUGAAAGAAGUAUAAGGGAAUCCUUUUUGGAAGAACAAAAUUAUGAAGUCAUUCUUUAAUAAGUGAUGGCAAGCAAUAUAAGGUUAAUGGACAAGAUUACCAAAUGUUAAAACCUUGAAACCCAGGUUCAGUAGUUACAACGAAAGAAUUCCGAACUAGCCUCUCAAAUCCAGCACUUAUUAGACGCUAAUGCCAAGCUAUAACACGAACUAGACACUUGUAAAAAACAGAAACAAAAACUGCAGGAGGAGAUCAAGAAAAAUGAAAGGGAGAACAGAAAACUUUACUUGCCUGAACCUAAACUUACUAAUUUAAUGGACAUUAAUAAAAUCUUAAUGAACAGAACCGAGUCCUCCUUUCAAUUCUACAAAGAACCAACCUUGUCAUCCAAAUUUGGCAGUGCAAAGGCUCAUACUUCCAAUCCCUUCAUCUAUACAACCAGACCCUAAAGUCCUUCCACUAGUGUUAGAUAGAGUACGCCAACUUAAACGGAAACCAAGUCUCCUAUCUUAAUGUUCAAUAACACUGUGAAUUCUUGGAGAGACAGUAAAUACAAUAGGAAUGCUGCUGAAUUUAAGAAAUUUUAAUAGACGAUGGAAUAACUGGUCAGAAAAUCUAAAAAAAAUACUUGA